AACAGAAAUUUUAGUUUUCCCGCCAGGAAUCAAUUUGUUUUGUUGGUGCAAAGUGCAAAAUGAGGUUUCUCAACCUGUUGGGGUUUCACAAACAGUUCACGCCUAUAGUCGUUUGAAAUCCGUCAAAAAAGCUUUGUUUGUUGUGGUCAGUGUUGAGAAUAAUUUUAGCUCGACAUUGGGUAGACGAAAGCUUUUUGUGGAAGAUUGUAGUAGAUCCAAGAUGCGGAUUACUCAAGAAUCAACUACAGAUAAUAAUUCAGACAGUGAUUUCGAUGAAGCAACUCCAAUUAAAAAGAUCAAGCUUCCUUAUCCUAUUAUUUCAGAUGAUGAAGAUCAAAGCAUUCCUGGCAACCCAAAGAAGAGUAGGAAAUCAAAAGCAAAAUCCAAAAGCCAAACUAGUAAAAAUAGUAUAGAAAAAAAUAGAACUAUAAUCAAACUUAAUAAACCUUCAAGCAGUAAAGAGCGGCAAAAAGAAAAAUCUUCAGCAACAAAGACCAACCACAGUUCCGCUAAAGCAUCAAUUAAUAAACUGAUAUUACAUCCUGAAAGUGUAACCAAAAGUAAGGGUGGUGUCUCGAAACUUAGCAGCAUUGAAGAAAUGACAUCGGAAAGUUUUGGUAUAUCCUCUGAUUCAAACAGUUCAGUCCUUGAGGAAUCACGUAGUACUCCUUGUAAAAAAACGAAAAUAAAGUUGAUUUCAGAAGAGGGAACUUAUCUCAGUUUACAAAUUGUUUCUGGAAUUUCUUCACCUAAAACACCAAGUUCUCCUAAAACACCAAGUUCUCCUAAAACACCAAGUUAUUCUAAAACGUCAAGUUUUCCUAAAACACCUAGUUCUCCUAAAACACCAAAUUCAUCAAAAACAUAUAAUUAUCAAAUUAAUUAUGCAUCCCCAUCAUGCUCAACCACUCCGUCAGCAAGUAAAAGUAAACCUAAGAAUCGGAUACCAAAGACUGCAAUUAAGAGUUCACCAAAAGUCGUACACUACCAAAAGAGUAGUAUGGCUCCCACUCCAAAUAUAAAAGCAAAAUCAGAAGAAGAAAAACUUAAUUUUAAACCGAUCGAAUUAUUGAAAGAAUUAUUCAAGGCCACCAUGGAGGAUAGAGAUAAAAGGAAACUAUUAACUAACACAGACAUCGAUGUGAUUGAGGAGUUUCUCAGAAUGGAUAUAAAUCAUCAAUAUUUUCUGGUGAAGUUACUCAUUUAUCUACCAAUAUGGUAUAAUGUACUAAAAUUCUGUAGUUCAAUAAAACUCGAUCAGAAACUACCUGAAAAGGAACUCAUUGCAAUAUAUGAUUACCAUAAAGAGAACAAUUUUAUAUUUACAGAUAUCACCAAGUUAAGCACAGAUGAACUGCUCAAUAUGCUUCCACUACCAGAUCUAAAGAAACUUGCGAAAGAUGCAAAGAUAAAUUCACAAAAGAAGGCUGAUAUUAUAGAAAGUCUCAAACGAAAUUCUAGAGUACAAUCAACAUUGACAAGAGAGAAAUCAUCUGAAGACAUAUUGAGGGAGAAUGCAUAUAAACAUCUAGGGCUUUGUAUAAAAUUAAAAGAAGAUGUGAAAUCAUCUUUCUAUAAAGCCUAUCUUUUGCAAACAUAUAGCAACACAUCGUACUAUAUGGAUAUUCAAAAUUACCUAAAAGAUAUGGGAUAUCUGAGAGUCCUUUAUCCAAAUUAUACUGUUGAGGUUUUCACACCAUUCAAGACAAAAGAACAAUUUUCCAGGUUUUUUGAAGCUGUUUUGAUGAAAAUAGAACUUUCCCAAGCAAUUGAUCGUAAAGAUACUGAUACCACAAAAAAUCUAUGUAUUCAAGCUUUUGAGAAGCUGCAAAACAUAGAUGUUGAUGCAAAGUGGGAUAGAUAUCAACUUGAUUACUUACGAAAGUUCUCUGCAGAAUAUCUGUAUAUUGGUAUUCUAAAGACUGGUAUUCUGAAAUUAACAAGAUGUUAUGAUGAUGUUAAGUCAUGGCUUGAAUUUUUAAUAAAAAACUAUCCAACAGACCAUACGGUAGGAUUUUGGUACAAGCAGUUAGCGCAUAUUAUGACCACCCAACAUUUCAAGAAUUAUGAAGCUGCCGCACAAAUCGUUAUUAAAGCCUUCCAAUUCAACAAAAAAGAAGAUAUAUUCGAUUUCUUACAAAUAUAUGAAUUGAACAAAUUGGCCCAUAAAAUUAAAACCACAAGGACCUACAAAGUACCCAGCUUAUACUGUGAUCAAUUAGCUGCCCUUAUCGAAUCACCAAUCGAUGUCGAUAUUUUUCCAAAGAAAUUUAUCAAGGGAUGUACUGAUAGGAGUGGAACAUCCGGUAAAAGGAUCUACUCCUACAGGGAUGGUAACAAUGAUGUCACAUAUGGGCAUGUGGAGACUAUCGCCUUGAAAUACUAUUCAGAUAAUGAAAAUUUUGAAGGUAUUCAUUGCGAAGGACAAUUAAUCGCGAUUCUUUUCACCCUAUUCUUUUGGGACAUCAUAUAUGAAUAUUAUGUUCCUAGAACAUUCAUAUCUGAACUACAAAAUGCGCCAUUAGAUAUGUAUAGUAGUUCUUUCUACAAGAGCAGAAAGGAAGAGAUCGAGUUGCGAUUGGUGGACAUAUCUAGUAAAUGGUCCACAGAAAAAAUGGAAGCAGUUCUGAAGGAGAACUGGCAAAACCACUCACAUGAACGAUCCAUCACAGAUUUUGAUAAUUUGAAGAAAGAUCUAGAAGAAGUUUUGAAAAUGUUUCGUUGCAUUGAUAGAAGGGUUUUAUCGAAAAUCCUAGGUCGCUUGGCUACCAACUUCAAGAAAUUUCGCAGUGGUUUGCCCGAUUUGUUUUUGUGGAACAACCAAGAGUUAACGUGUAAAUUCGUGGAGGUCAAAGGUGAGAAUGAUACUCUCCAACCAAAUCAAAUAUUGUGGAUCCAACAUCUGCUUGAUUCAGGUGCAAACGUGGAAGUUUGUCAUGUGUCAGGAGUGGGUGCCAAGGGAAAAAAAGCCCCUGAACCUGAAAAUUCAACUGAUAAAAACACAGAAGAGGCUGACGAAGAUGAUGAAUGAGACUUCCAACAUAUUUUGGAUCGACGAAAUAAUCCAUUUUAGAUAUUAAUUUUGAAGAAAUAUUCUAUUUUUAUUGCCAUAUCAAUACUAUUAGAGUUUGAGUAUAUUUUAUAACUUGUUAUUAUAAAUAUCACAAAUAGUUUUUUGUGUAAUUAUUUUUUGAGGGAAAAUAUGAAAAAAUCAAAAAUAAAACUUGUUAUCAUCGUUU